AAAGAAAAACCCGUGGCCUCUGCAUCUUUAUAUUUUUUCCCCAAGCUUUAAAUCCUACUUUUAUCAUUUUUGUCAAGCCCACCACCUCCGGCUUCAAUCUGAUAGCCAAAUUUGUUCUAUUUGUUGCUUUUCUAACAUAUCACAUUCACUUUAUUUUCUUUUGGAGGGGUCACAAUAACCCAUAAUCUUGCCCUUUCUUUUCAUGCCCCAAACCAUUUUCACUCCCACCAAUUCCUUCUAAUUUCAUCUCUCCAAAAUGGAAACAUUCAAUCCUAAAUCAGCUUUCAACAACAACAGUGGCAACCAUAAGAGCAGGCUAGCAAGAACUUUCCAAAAAGUAAUCAACCUAAGAACCGCAACCAAAAUUGCAUCAAGCAAUGGGAUUGGAAUCUGUGUCCUCACAUCCCAACAUAAAUUCCCACAUGAUGAUUCAGCCUCAGAUCACAAAACUUCUUCCCAUGCAGCUGACAAACAUGGGGACUCAAAGGUUAAGCAAAAAGCUGUUUUGGAAGCCCUGGUUGCCAAGGUUUUUGCUAGUGUUACUUCUAUCAAAGCUGCUUAUGCUGAGCUACAGAUGGCUCAACAUCCUUAUAACAGUGAUGCUAUUCAGGCUGCUGAUCAAGCUGUUGUGGAAGAACUCAGAACUCUUUCAGAGCUAAAGCGCAAGUUUUUAAAGAAGGAGCUUGAUCUUUCACCUCAAGUUACUAUGAUGCUUGCGGAGAUUCAGGAACAGCAAAGCUUGAUGCGAACUUACGAGAUCACAAUCAAGAAGUUGGAAUCUGAUGUUGAAGAAAAAGAUUCAGACAUUGCUUUACUCCAUAAGCAGCUUGAAGAUUGCACUGCUUUUAACAAGUCUUUAGAGAAGAAACUAAACGCGAGUGGGCCUCUGUCAAUGUUUGAUAAUAUCCAGUUUACAACGUUGAAUCCAAGUCAUUUUCUGCAAGUUUUACACUGUACUUUGAGAUCUGUUCGCAGUUUUGUGAAAAUGAUGAUCAAGGAAAUGGAGUUAGGAAAAUGGGAUCUUGAUGCAGCUGCUAAAACCAUCGAACCCGGAGCUGUUUUUGCAAAACAAAGCCACAGGUGCUUUGUAUUUGAAUCUUUUGUGUGUAAAACAAUGUUAGAAGGCUUCGACUCCCGUGAUUUUGGGCUCACAAAAGAUUCUUCCUCAAAAAAGCUCGACCCCGAGCAGUAUUUCAACAGAUUCAAGAACUUGAAAUCUGCACUUCCAAAAUCCUUUUUGAUUCAAAAUCCGAACUCUUCUUUUGCUAAAUUCACCAGAACCAAGUACCUCAAACUGGUCCAUGCAAAAAUGGAAUGUUCAUUUUUUGGAAACUUGAGCCAAAGGAAGCUAAUUACCGCUGGUGGGUUCCCGGAUACAGCAUUUUUCACAGCUUUUUCAGAGAUGUGUAGGCGCUUUUGGCUCUUGCAUUGCUUGGGAUUCUCAAUGCAUGAACAAGUUUCAGUCUUUCAGGUAAAGCAAGAUUCUAGAUUCUCUGAUGUUUACAUGGAAAAUGUGAGUGAAGAAUCACUCAUUUCCAGUGAAAUCAACGAUGCAAAUGUUGAUAUUAGAGUCUGUUUCACGGUGGUUCCAGGGUUCAAGAUUGGUAAAACUGCAAUACAAAGCCAAGUUUAUUUGUCUCCGUUGAUUACUCCUCCGGUGAGUCGUUGAUCUCUGUUUUUUUUCUUUUAGAUAAUUAAUGUAUAGUACUCCAUCACUAGAUGAAACAUGAUGGGGAGGUGUUAUCCACGCUCAUGCCGGUUCACGCGCCGCUAGGGAUGAGGUGAGGGAGCUUAGUGCUAUUUUCAAGUGGGGUUUGUGGGUUUUAAGUUAAGUUUCCACUUGAGAAGUGCAGUUUUCUCCAACGUUAUAGGGAAGACAAAGCAGCGCGUGAAAGUGGCGCGUGAAUUUUGGUCUGUGGAUUAGCAGUGGCUAUUAGCUAUAGCAUCUGGGCCCACAGCCCAAACUGGACCAAAGAGAAAGAGAAGGUGCAGCUCGGUUGUGGGGGAGUAGGUUCUUUCUUUUUCUUUUUAUUUAAAACAAUUAGUUUUAUGAUAAA